AUGGCCAGAAGGAAGCUUCCUGAUAGACCUCCAAAUGGUAUUGGAUUUGGCGAGAGACCGAGAUUAGUCCCUCGUCCAAUUAAUGUACAAGAUUCCGUUUCAAAAUUAACCAAACCUUUCAAAGUUCCUUAUAGGAGGAAUACUAGACCAUUAACGUCUCAAGGUAUUGUCACUAAUGUACCUGAAACAGGCCGAAUAUUAAGAAAACGUUCUCAAACCAUAUCAUAUUCUGGUAUGGAAAUCGACCCUGAAAAUCCAAUAAAUAACGAGAAUGAUGAGGAUUUACCAUUUGGUUACACACAACUUAAACGACGAAAGGAUGCUCUGAGUGCACAGCGGUUGAUGAAUGACCCCAAUAGGUUGACUUCAAUUGAAAUUCAUUUGAAGAAAUCCUUUUCCGUCCCCAUUAAAGGUUAUAUUCAACGUCAUAGUUUACCACUUACAUUAGGUACUAAGAAGAAGAUAACGCCAGAACCAAGACCUUUACAUGAUCCAACUGAUGAAUUUGCAAUUGUGUUAUAUGACCCCUCUGUAGAUGGUGAAAUGAUUAUGCAUGAUGGUUCUCAUCCUGUAAAUGACGAAAAUGAUUCAAAGAAAAAUGAGAAGGAAAUUGAAGAUCAGAAAAAGGAAAUCAAGAAGAAGUUUAUACAUCCAAAGAUAAUGACUAAUGGUGUUAGGAACAAAUCAUUAUUGGAACUAUUGGGUACCUCCGAAGUGGAUGAGGAAAAGAAGUUCCCUAAUGUCCCUGUUGUAAUAGAUCCUAAAUUAACUAAGAUAUUAAGACCUCAUCAAGUGGAAGGUGUGAAGUUUCUUUAUCGUUGUGUUACAGGUUUAGUUAUGAAAGAUUUCUUAGAUGCUGAAACAGUAAAUACUGGGAUAGUAGCUCCACAACAAAAUAAUAGAGGUGCAUACGGUUGUAUUAUGGCAGAUGAAAUGGGGUUAGGUAAAACUUUACAAUGUAUCGCGUUGAUGUGGACAUUAUUAAGACAAGGACCUCAAGGGAAACGUCUUAUUGAUAAAUGUAUCAUUGUGUGCCCUUCUUCAUUAGUCAAUAAUUGGGCUAACGAAUUAAUCAAAUGGUUAGGUCCAAAUACACUUUCACCAUUGGCAAUUGACGGUAAGAAAUCAUCCCUAGCCAGCGGAAGUACUACAGUCGCAGAGGCUAUAAAAUCUUGGGGUCAAGCCAAGGGACGAAAUAUUGUUAAACCAGUUUUAAUUAUUUCAUACGAAACAUUACGUAGAAAUGUUGAUCAAUUACAAAAUUGUGAUGUGGGACUUAUGCUAGCAGAUGAAGGACAUAGAUUAAAGAAUGCAGAUUCUUUAACUUUUACAGCUUUAGAUAGUAUUAAUUGUCCUAGAAGAGUCAUAUUAUCUGGUACACCGAUUCAAAACGAUCUUUCUGAAUAUUUUGCCCUAUUGAACUUCUCUAAUCCAGGCCUAUUAGGUACUAGAAGUGAAUUUAGAAAGAAUUUUGAAAUACCAAUUUUAAGAAGUCGUGAUGCUGAUUCAACGGAUGAUGAAAUUAAGAAAGGUGAAGAACAGUUACAAAAAUUAUCUGAUAUUGUUUCCAAAUUCAUUAUUAGGCGUACGAACGAUAUUUUAUCUAAAUAUUUGCCAUGUAAAUAUGAACAUGUGAUCUUUGUGGAUUUGAAACCAUUCCAAAAAAACGUUUAUCAAAACUUAAUUAAAUCAAGGGAUAUUAAAAAAAUGAUGAAAGGUGUUGGGGGUACUCAACCAUUAAAGGCUAUUGGUGUUUUGAAAAAAUUAUGUAAUCACCCGAGUUUGCUUAAUUUGGAUGAAGAAUUAGACAAUUUUGAUAAUUUAGAAAUACCAUCCGAUUAUAAUAUGUCUUCCAAUAGUCGUGAUAUUCAACCAAAGUAUUCUGGGAAAUUUUCUAUUCUAGAGAGAUUUCUUCAUAAGAUUAAAACAGAGUCUGAUGACAAGAUUGUCUUAAUUUCUAAUUAUACGCAAACAUUAGAUUUAAUUGAAAAAAUGUGUCGGACUAAACAUUACGGGUCACUCAGGCUGGAUGGUACAAUGAAUAUUAACAAAAGACAAAAACUUGUUGAUCGAUUUAAUGAUCCUGAAGGUCAAGAAUUUAUUUUUUUAUUAAGUUCAAAAGCCGGUGGUUGUGGUAUCAAUUUAAUUGGUGCCAAUAGAUUAAUCUUGAUGGAUCCAGAUUGGAAUCCAGCUGCGGAUCAACAAGCUCUAGCCCGUGUGUGGAGAGAUGGACAAAAAAAGGAUUGUUUCAUUUAUAGAUUUAUUUCUACAGGUUCAAUAGAAGAGAAAAUUUACCAAAGACAGUCUAUGAAAAUGAGUUUAAGUUCGUGUGUUGUGGAUGCGAAAGAAGAUGUAGAAAGGCUUUUCAGUGCUGAUAAUUUAAGACAAUUGUUCCAAUAUAACGACAAGACGAUAUGUGAAACUCAUGAAACGUAUCACUGUAAAAGGUGUAAUAAGGCCGGGAAACAAACUAUUAGAUCAGAUGCAAUGCUUUAUGGUGAUCCAACGACGUGGAAUCAUCUAAAUCAUGCUGCAUUAGAAAAAACAAAUGACCAUUUGCUUCAGAAUGAAUUCCAAUAUUCCGAUAUAAGCUAUGCCUUUCAAUAUAUUUCUCAUUGA